CACACUGACGGACCGACCGCCGGCGCGCUACCACUCGCGACCUGCCGCCCGCGCUCGCCCACCCGACAUCCACUUACAGCUAAUACUACUGUCACUACCAAACUGCACCAACAUAAUACAUGAGAAUAUUAUUCUUAUGCAAAGUAUGCUAUAAGAAGUACAACUGCAGUGCUCCGUGCCGACUGCGUGGCCUGUGAAAAGUUGCGCGCGGGAAAACUUUCAGUGAAGUUAGCGUGUGUGAACAGGUGAUCAGUGUUGAUGCAUUGUGCACUUGUGCGCCUCUAGACCUCUGUAUUGUCUCCACCGGGGAAUACACCGCUUAUUGCUUCAUUAUACUAGAAGGCGGCCGCGCGUCGCAGCAGCAUGGGGCGGUGACGAGGUGUCCGCUGUUAGCUGACUACACAACCUGUACACUACAUGGACCAAUGUGGGAGCAGCGGCUGCAUAUUAUUCUAAUCGAGACCAGCAACCGGAAGGCGCGUACGUGUGCGUGUGCGCGUGACUCGGCUGGACGUUGAGCUGAGCCGAGAAUGCGGGCAGGAGCGAGCACGGAGCGGGCGGCGGGCGCAACAUGAGCCAGAACACGUCGGAGCCGUCGAUCCAGGGCUGCGAAUCGGAUCUGGGCGUAGAGGAAUCUGACAAGCUGGUGCGGUUCGUGGUUCACGGCGUGCUACUGAAUGCGAUCGGCGCCGGGGGCCUGCUGGGCAACGGGCUCUCAGCGCUGGUACUCUCCCGGCCGCAAAUGCGCUCUUCUGUCAACUGUCUGCUGGUCGGGCUCGCCGCCUGCGAUACCGUGCUCAUACUCACCUCCAUCCUGCUUUUCGGCCUCACUGCCAUAUACCCGUACACUGGACGGCUACGAUAUUAUUAUUACCACGUGUGUCCACAUAUAACGCCGUACGCGUACCCUAUUGCCAAUGCUGCUCAGACUAUGUCAGUAUAUCUAACCUUAAUUGUCACUGUGGAGCGUUGGGUGGCAGUCUGUCAUCCUUUUCGGGCGAAAGCACUAUGCACAUCGUCGAGAGCGCGCUGGUACGUUCUCGGGACUGCAGCGUUCGCGCUCGCUUACAAUGCACCAAAAUUUUUCGAAGCAGAGGUGUAUACUAGUAUUGACGACGGCGAGUUGAUAUACUGCGUAAAGCCAGACUGGGAAUUUCGCACAGAAGCUUACGUUGCAAUUUACAUUCAUUGGAUGUAUCUGAUCGUUAUGUACAUCAUCCCUUUUUCUGCACUCGCCGCGCUCAACGCGUGCAUCGUGCGGCAAGUGAGACGCGCCCAGGCCGAGCGCGCCAGGCUAUCGCGCGUCCAGCGCCGCGAGAUCGGGCUCGCCACCAUGCUACUCGUCGUCGUGCUCGUCUUCUUCUUGUGCAAUCUGCUACCGCUGGUGACUAACUCGUUCGAGCUCUUCCUAGAAAAUCAACUCGAAAAGUUGGAUCCGCUAGUGAAGACUAGUAACUUGAUGGUGACGAUCAACAGCAGCGUCAACUUUCUCAUUUACGUCAUAUUCGGAGAGAAAUUUCAACGAGUAUUUUUGAAAAUGUUCUGCGCCGGAAGAUUACGGCGCCGCGACUCUCCCGAGCACACACGCGACGACUCGUUCGCAUCGUGCGGCGAGCGUGUGUCGAUGCGGAUGACGCGCAACGGAACGCUGCGGCGGUCGGAGGCGCGCUCGGCGCGGCCGGCGGGCGGCGGCGGCGGCGGCGGUAGCGGCGCCGGCAGCGGCAGCGUGUCGGGACGGCCGCGGCGAGCGCCCUCGCCCGCGCCCACUGUGUACUACCCGGCGCCGCUCACCGAAGUCACCAGCGCUUCGCUGCAAUCCGACGCGCCACCGCCCUCCGCCGCUCGUUGGAACGGACAUGCACGCGUUCAUUUCUGAGGGUGAAACCGAAAUGUUCGCUACACGAAUACGAAUUAUUGAUAAGUAUUAGAUAUAAUAAUAUAAAUAUGACCAAUAAAUCGUUGGUAAUCUUUUUCGAUGUUUAUCGGAAAAUAAAAUAGUUACCUACUGAUCGUGAUACUGGACUGGCUACGUGGUAGGCAGAUCGAUAGCUCUCUGUGUUGUGAUAAAAGACAUUGAUUGACAAGAGUGAUUCUAGCGACGUUUUACUAUAUUAUAAUAGAUAUGUAUAUAACUAUGUACAUACAUAAUUUGAUCAUUGGAGCAUGUAUACCAACAUUGUACAAUUCUAGCAAAUAAUUCGGAAAUACUGGAUAAAAUAAAAUAAACACCGACUUACUGUAUGGUUAAAUAAAUAUUUAUUAAUGAUUCAAGUAAUGAGAUCGUUUUGUAAAUAGUAUUCUAAAGAUUGCUGUUCAAUACAAAAAAAAAAAUUAUUAAAUGUGACGUUUAGCUCUAAGAGACAAACGCGACCUUCUCAGAUAAAUAAAUUAUUUAAUUGUG